UCACUACGGAAGCAGUAACAUGAAAUUGUCCAAGCAUGCAGACUGCAUGCAAAUACGAGCUUUGCUGAAGAAGGACUAUCUCGCCCGAAUACGACAACCAUGGAUGACUUUCAUUCAGUAUCUAUGGCCGUGCAUGAUCUUUGCCGCUUUGUACAUACUGAGGAAUCGGUUCCAGGCGGUGGAGAUAAACGAUUGCCAGUUCCCGACCCGUAACCUACAGGCGAAUGGUAUCCUGCCCUUCUUUCAGUCGUACAUCUGCACGUUCGAAAACGAGUGUCAAGAUGCGAAUAGCUAUGCCGAAACGGAAGCAUUCAACAACGCCCCGGUAACGCCAGUGUUAAACAUCGUUCAAAUUAUCUUGGAUAACGAGCCGCUGUACGAAGCGAUCGUAACGCUUCCGCUCGAUCGGAACUUCAUCUCCUCCGUCACCACGAUCGUAACACAUCCCAAGUUUAAAGAAAUUGAACGUAAUGGCGAUCGGUUAGUGAAGAUGCUGCCCGAGAUCCGCAAAAAGAUCGGUGGAUCGUUUGAUAUAUUGCAACUAUUUUCCGACGAUCUAACGUUUUCGAAAUCGGGCAAUAUACUGUGCGGUCAGCCGUUUCCGCGCAGUGACAACAUUCGGUUGGUGGACAACAUUCUCUACACGCCAGACUAUGCCGGGGCGGAUGUGGACGAGCUAGAGGUGAUGCCGACACCGUACUGCAAACAGCUCUAUCUGGAUGUAACAAACACGAACAAUGGCAAAAUCACCUGGCGUUUUCUGAAACCCAUUCUGCAGGGAAAAAUUCUGUACGGUCCAACAAGCGAGCGUAAUGAUGAAAUUAUGAAGCUGGCCAACCAAACGUUCGCUGACAUGGGUCGUCUGGGGGAUUUUUUCCGUGCCCUCGAUACCACGUUGCAGCUUUUGCGCACCGAUAAGGAGGCACAGGAAAGCUUCCAGGGACUGAUCGACCUAGCCAAAAGUCCGCUAGUGCAGAUGCUCGCCGGUGGCAACGUAAAUAUUGAGUUGAUCGAGGGUAUGCUGAACGGUAUCUUGCACGAUGAGGAAGUUGCGAAGGCGGUGAACACGAUUGCAAACAUUUUUGACUGCUUUUCGGCCGACCGUUUCAUCCCGGUGGCCGACGAGACGGCCCUGGAAGAUCGUGCGUUUGAGCUAAAUCGCAAAAAGUUAUUCUUCGCUGGUAUUUACUUCGAAAAAGGCGCCACGGACAAGGAAAUCGCGUACAAAAUUCGUAUGCGCACGGAUGAUACGCCGGUGACGGUGGAGAAUCGCAAUCGCUUCUGGUUCCCGGGACCGGAGGCAAGCUUUGAGCUGGACAUGCGUUAUCAUCGUGGUUUUAUCCAGAUUCAGCAUGCGGUCGAUAUGGGUAUUAUACGGCAAAGGAAGCAGGAAAUGGCUACCAGAGAGCGUCAGGGUGAAAUGGAUGAAACUUCUCCCUUUGGUGGCGAGCUGGAGCUGGAUGAUGAAUUGGGCCAGGAUGAUGAGGAUGAUACUGACGAUAAGAGCACUGAAGCAGGAAGCGAUGAGGAGACGGAAAGUGGUACCACUUCUCCAUCUUCAGUUCCCACCGAAACGACCACUGAAAAUUUAACAGCAGUGUAUGCAGAUCUUAGCAAGCGUGUCAACGUGUCUCAGGACGUAUUGGAUCGCUUCGGUAGUGGCAGCAAUAGCAGUGCACUGGAAGAUUUUCUUGAUUUUAAGGACGAUGAGGAUGAGAGCUCUGAUCCGGAACCAUCUACACCAACAACUACCGUGACACCGUUACCUACGCUCCGACGCCGGAAAAGACAAUCGUUUCUCGAUCUGAUCUUUGGUGGUGGAGCGAAAAAGUCCUCCGGUGGAGUAGAAUAUAAGGUGGCAAAUGAAAAAUUCUACACAAAGCAAUUCCCCUACCCGAAGUACACGAAAGACGACUUCAAAAAAGGACUUUACCUUGCACAGUCCAUACAAAUGACCUAUUUCAUAGCACUGAUCGUGCACGUCGCUUCGGCCGUUCGGCAAAAGAUCUGGAUGAAGGAGAGUGGCAAUUCGAUGUUGAUGCGAUCGAUGGGUCUUAAGUCGGGUUCGGAAACUGUGUCCUGGAUCAUUGCCACAUUCGUCGAAAUUAGUAUCGUGUUCCUGAUUGGGCUGAUCAUUCUGUACAGUGGAGGUAUACUGGCGUACUCCAGCCAGAUCUUCCUAUUCUGCUAUAUGGUAGUGUUUGGCAUUUGCUUGAUUGCAUUCUGCUACAUGUGCUCCAUGUUCUUCACCUCGGCCAGCAUUGGGUCGGUGUCGAGCGUGAUACUCUUCCUGAUUACAUUCCUGCCGUAUAUUAUUAUCAUCUCGCUGGGAGCAACACUGUCCGCGGUGGCAAAGUUCGUCGCAAAUCUAUCCUUCUCGACUGCUUUCUGCUAUGCCUGGCGUCACGUGAUGCGCCUGGAGCUGCAGCACCGUGGAGCAAACUUUAGCAGCGCCUUCCGUGGUGCGAUCGAGGACAAUGAUCUCAAGUUUGGUAUUCUCAUGAUUUUGCUCGAUGCCGUGAUCUACUUUACCAUAGGCUACCUAUACCAGUGUUUAAAGAAAGAUGAAACAACAUUCCAUACGGUAAAGCGCAUCAAGCUGGACAAAAGCAUCGGUGCCGAUCUGAGAAAUGUGGACGUCACUUACGAGAAGGGUGGCAAGAACGUGUUGAGUGACGUUUCGAUAACAUUCCGCCGUGAUGAGGUGACCUGCUUGCUCGGACGGAACGGGGCUGGUAAAAGCACGAUCAUAAAAUUGCUAACCGGUCAGAUAGUGCCAGUCGAAGGUGAUGUGCAUCUGCCACUGGACUACGAUUUCAUAUCCGGCAUAAGGAACAAUGCGGAGAAAAUUGGGCUCUGUCCACAGAACGACGUGCUCAUACCGAAUCUCACUGCUAAGGAGCAUCUGCAGCUGUACGCACGGAUCAAGCUGACGCGUGGGUUCGACACGGAAGUUUCGCGUACACUGGACAAUCUAAAGAUGGGCCCAUACCAGCACUAUCGGGCGUCUGAUUUGUCCGGUGGGUUUAAGCGACGACUCUGCAUCGCAAUCGCCUUCCUUGGCUCACCGAAUUUGGUCAUUUUGGAUGAACCGUGUAGCAGCGUGGACACGAAAGCACGCAAGUAUAUAUGGGAACUGAUCCAAACGCUACGCAAAGACCGAGCGGUUAUACUUGCAACACAUCAUCUUGACGAAGCAGAGUGUUUGAGCGACAAGAUUGUCAUGUUGGAAAAUGGAAAAGCGAUACUGGAACAAUCACAAGAGGAGCUGAAGAAACGGUUUACCAAUACGAUAUAUUUGAAGGUUUUCCUGCGACAUCAAACGGACCAGGAGCGUACGGCUUUAAUUGCGCAGCUGAGUAAAUUACUGGAUGGGACCAUCGAUUUGCGAUAUGAAAUGAGUGCUACACUGAAUCAGUUGGACUUUAAGAUCACUUCAUCGACCAGUGACAGCCAGGUGUUGAACAUUGAACCUCUGCUGGAACACAUGGCACAGCUAAAACUAAGCAAACAUAUUGAAACUUUCGAGCUGCGCAAUGAAAAUCUGCUCAACAUCUUCAACACGGUCAACGCAAGCGACCCAACGCCAUCCGAUCCAAUGCUGCAAAAUGGCAAUGGAAACACCCCAACACACAUUCCAAACGGUUUCCAUGGUCCCAAAACGAAUGACUCCCAGCUCGGCACACUGGCCAUCAUGUAUACACUGUUCAGCAAGCGCGUCCGCCAUUUCCUACGCAACUAUCGAUUGUUGGUGUGUUUGCUUGUGUUGCCAACAAUUUUUGAAAUCAUUGCGAUGGGUUUCAUGACCAUCCGGCCACCCGGGGAGUACGAUCAGAUGGUGAAUUUUUCACCCGCGCUCUACCCGAAAUCGACCGAGUUCUACACUAACACAACCGAUGGGGACGAAUAUCGGGACGCGAUCGUUACUGACCUUCUGGCCCACUGUACGGAUGACUUGUGUUCCAUAUUUAACUCUUCGCUCGAUGCUUACCGAUGGCUUUUGUCCACCACGGACGAAUACGCGGAGCGUCGGUACGGUGGCAUUACGGUCAACCGGGAGAAAAAUAUCGUUUGGUACAAUAACAAAGGCUACCAUUCGAUGCCAACCUGGCUAAACAUGCUGGAUACGGCUGUUUUGCGGGCAGAGCUGGACGAUCCAAGCUACACGAUCCGCACCAUUAAUCAUCCGUUGAAGAUCGAGGAGACUGAUUUAUCCAUCUCGUCGAUACUGCAGCAAGUUGCUGAUGCUGGUAUCUCGCUAAUAAUGUUGUUAGCCUUCAGCUUGGUCGUCGCCGGUGCCUCGGUGUAUAUCGUAAGCGAGCGCAUGCGCGGCGAAAAACUGCAACAACGUUUGGCGGGAGUAAACGUCUUUACCUAUUGGACCGUAACAUACAUCUGGGACGCUAUGAUCUUCCUUAUCGCUGUGGCGCUGGCCGUGAUCGUAUUCAAGGUGUUUGCCAUACCGGCGUACGUUGCGCGAGAGCAGCUGGAGGGUAUGUGUUUGCUGUUGGUGUUUUACGGCUUCGCAAGCAUACCGGCGGUUCAUCUGUUCGAGAAACUAUUCACCGAUGCUAGCUUUGCAAAUAUGUCUCUGUUUUGUCUGAAUGUCAUAACGGCACUCGGUACUCUGACUACUAUCAUCGUGUUCGAUGUGCUAGGCGAUAGCGACCAGUCCGAGAAGAUUAGAAACUUCCUAAACCGUGCGUUUCUGAUACUGCCGCAACACGCUCUCGCCGAUGGAUUGAUAGAAAUGUCGAAAAACUACAUUACGGCGGAGAUCUUCAAGCGCUACUACAUUGAUUCGUACAAAUCGCCUCUGACUAGUGAUCUGCUGCAUCCGCAUCUAAUCGCUCUGGUAGUAAUGGGACUUGUUUUCAUGCUACUAAACGUGGCGAUCGAGUACAAACUGAUCCAGCGGCUGUUCAAUCGGAUCUCGGGUGUAUCUCGGCCGAAAGCGCACGAACUGAACGGGAUCGAUACGACGGACUACAGCUCAAUGAUAAGCCGUGUGGAUGGCAAGAAAAAGUCCAUAACGGCGGAUCAGAUCCUAUCGGUAGAUAAUCUGAGAAAGAAGUAUCGUGGAUGUGGUGGUGGUGGAGGUGGUGCGAAGGGUUUGGAGGUGGUAAAGAAUGUAUCGUUCAAGCUGCACUAUGGCGAGUGCUUUGGAUUGCUCGGCACUAACGGUGCAGGGAAGUCUACCAUCUUUGCCAUCCUGUCUGGAGAAUUGCUUCCAUCGGGAGGUAGCUUCACUUUCUACAGUAAUCAUGGCCCGUCAUACUGUCCGCAGAAUAAUUUCCUUGAUCCACUGCUUACGGUGGAAGAGGUGAUUGUGUUCUACGGUAAGCUGCGUAACAUCGAAUCCAUCGACAAGCUGGUAAUGGAAACGCUCAAAGAGUACCAUCUUGAGGCGUACCGGAAGGUGUUGGUAAAAAAUCUGAGCGGAGGCAACCGUCGAAAGCUGUGCGUAGCUGUUGCUUGCUUUGGUCAGUCGGAAAUUAUCCUAAUGGAUGAGCCUACGAGCGAUCUAGAUCCAGUCACGCGAUCCAUCGUCUACAGCACGAUCGAGCGACUAAAUGCACAGAAUCGCUCGAUACUGCUCACCUCGCACAGUAUCUCCGAAAUCGAUCGGAUAUGCCAACGGAUAGCGAUCCUUAAGGAUGGUGAGCUGCUUACAGUUGAUACACCGGACCGGCUGAAGGAACGUUUCGGUCACAGCUACCAGAUAACGUUAUAUCUGGAAGGCAUUCGCGAGGUGGACUUCUUACGAGUUAUCAAGCGCGAAUUUGACGUGUCGCGUGAUAUCAUUCUGCACAAGAAUUCCGUCCAGUUUGUGUGCCAGAUUUAUCCGGAAGCUAGUACGCUCGAAAAAGCAAAAUCAUCCAAAAACGGUCACGUAACGAUCAUGCUAAACGAGACCGGCAAUGGGGUGGUAGCGCCGGGCACCUCCACAACCGCCACACGCACGGCCAGUGAACUUUUCCUCAAGCUGCAACGCUUUGCACAGGCGAAUAAGUUGCGGUACACGAUUUCACGCUGUCAGAUGGAUCAGAUAUUUGAAAACGUGCUCCAAAGUCACGAGGAGGAUCACGCUAAUCCUGGAUUCGUCGACAGCUAGAAAAAGGGUGAUGACGUGCGUUAUCCCUGUUUUCUUGUAACAUAUAGGUAACAGAUAGGAUUACAUUUUAAAAUUUGGUAAAGUUAAUAAAAGGAUGGAAACAGUGAUUUUUGCUUU